CAUCUGUGGUUGUGUCAAAAGUACCAAAAAUGGCGGCGGACGGUGACGAAGUGAUUAGUGAUCAGGAAAAAGUGAGAAUUGUUUCGGAUUUUAUACUACAUUCGCCACCAGGAGAGUUUAAUGAAGUGUUUAAUGAUGUGAGAGUAUUGCUGAACAACGACACUCUGCUCAAGGAGGGCGCGAGCGGAGCAUUUGCACAGUACAACAAGGACCAGCUCACGCCCGUGCGUCUCGAAGGCUCGGAACUUCAUACGUUGAUCACGGAUCAUAAUGACCUCGGCGGAGGCAGGUUCUUCGACCCGCGAUCGAAGCGGUCCUUCAAGUACGAUCACUUACGCAAGGAAGCGUCUGAAUACGAGCCCUAUGAGCCCGACCGAGUGGCCGAGCCUUGGCGAGCCGCGCUCGACGUGGAGCUGACGAACUACGUCGCUGAACACUAUAAACACGGUGCGAGUUUAGUCGUCGGACGAGCUCUCGAAUCGGGAGCCGUCUCCCUCGUUGCCUGCAUCGAAGACCACCAGUUCCAACCCAAGAACUACUGGAACGGACGGUGGCGUUCAGUAUGGUCACUGACAGUGGGUAGCGGGGCGACAGAGCUUCGCGGAAUGCUUCGCGUCCAAGUACACUACUACGAAGACGGUAAUGUUCAACUGGUUAGUUCAAAGGAAGUGCGUGCCCCUCUAGUCGCGAACGGCGAGGCGGCUACGGCGAAGGAGUUCGUGAGACUGGUCUGUGACGCGGAGAAUGCGUACCAGACGGCCAUAUCCGACAACUACAAGACAAUGAGCGACACAACCUUCAAGGCGCUGCGGCGACAGUUGCCCGUGACCCGAAGCAAGAUCGACUGGGCGAGGCUCGUCUCCUACACGAUCGGUAAGGAGCUCAAGAGCCAAUGAUGUCCUGCCGCUGCGCUCUGAGCUGCAGCGGUUGCUCCAUGCCUCUGUACAUAUUCUCGUAAGAGUAAAUCUUGUUCAAAUGUUUACUGGCUCCGAGGGAUGUCGCCCCCCGGCGCGUAUUUAUCUAUGAGUAUAGAGAAAUCGCUAUUGUAACUGUUAAAUUUUAUUGCAUUUUGUUACUCUCAUUACAAAAGGAUAUUGACCGCUUCGCCCGCUUUAAAGUGGAAUUAAGAAAUAUUUUUAAUUUCAGAGAGAGUACUAAACCCUGUCCAUUUCAGUUUGUAGUGACGAAACAUAGAGAACCGUUUGUACUAGGUCUGGCCGGAGUAGGCUCCCGACGGACAAGCAAACGUCAAUCGUCAACUAUUUCAAAUUUUGAUUUGUAAAAGUUGUUGCAAGAGGUUAUUGUUGUGUGAGCAAUAUACAUUUGAUUAUGUUACUUUCAAAAGAUAUGUCAAUUACAGAGAAUAUUUACUUAAAACCUUAUUAGUGUUGAACGAGCAGUGAUGACUAUAUGAAACACUAGUCCAUCCAUUGUAUCAUUGAACGACAGUAUUAUUUAUUUGUAUUAGUUCUUGAAUAUUGCUUGCAUAAUAGUACUGCAUAAAAUUGAUAAAGGAAAGUCGAUAAGUUUCAAAUGGUGCAUUUAAUUGUAGUUAAUUUAAAAAGAAUGUCCACAUAGCUUUAAUGCUGACUAUAUGGGCGUAGAGCACAAUAUAUUGAUUUUAUAAAAUUAAAAAAAAACAUGUGGAGGUUUGCUCAAAGGCCACGUUUGCAGAAAUGUUGAAGGUCGGUAGAAAUUAUUGUCCAUACGGCUAUGACAUUGAAAGUGCGAUGAAAGCAUAACUUUUAUAUGUAUGUAAUGAUGAAAUGCCAAUACGGUUUAUUUUGUAAUUAUUAUUAUAAUUUAAAGAACGUACAUUGAAAAUUCAAGUAUUCUGUAAUGUAUGAUUGAAUUCAUUUGAAUAAAAAUAUAUAUUAAAAUGUUGCUAACAA